AUGAAACAGAAAACAAAGAAAAUUAUAAGUGAUAUAUUCUAUAAUGUUCAAUUUAAUAAAACUUGUCAUCAGAGUAAUUUGAAAAAACUAAAAAAGUGUUAUGAGCAGUGCGAUUUGUCAACCUUCUGGGACUGUUUUGUAUCAUGCUUUAAGGUUCCACUUACUAUCCCACAGCGACAUUCACGGGUUGAGAACACUUUGGAUUUUGUUGCUAAAUUUGCUGUUAGUUUUUAUUCAACCACAGAUGUUGAUGAAUCUGAGGAACCUUUAUGUCCCUUUCUUACUAAGCUAUUUGAUUUUAUUUUGACAAAUCAUUGUGCAAAAGAUCAAGGAGUGAGAUUUCGUAUUUGUCAUUUCUUGAAUAUAUUAUUAAAUUCUAUGGGUGAUCAAGCUUUUAUGGAUGAUGCACUCUGUGAUAAAAUAACUGUUUCUAUGAUGGACAGAUUAUUGGAUAAAUCUCCAAAAGUCAGAGCACAAGCAAUUUUUGCUUUACAUAGGCUUCAAGAUCCUACAGAUCCACAAUGCCCUGUUAUAAAAAUGUAUAUAUUUCAUGCCACCAAAGAUCCAAAAGCUGAAGUUCGUAGAGCAGCAUUAAUGAGUAUGGGAAAAAAUCAAAAUACUUUACAGAUAGCAUUAAAAAGAACUAGGGAUGUGGAUGAGGCAGUUCGUAAAAUGGCAUAUGAUUUCAUUAGUAAAGUAACAGUAAGGUCCUUAACUAUUACACAAAGAGAUCAACUGCUAAACGAUGGUCUGAAAGAUAGAUCUGAAAUAGUUAAAAAGACUGUUGAAAAUGUUUUAUUACCAACAUGGUUAAGACAUUUUAAAGGUGACUUUAUUGAUUUAAUAAAAGCCCUUGAUGCUGAAAUUGGCACAGAUGUAUCUGUUUUAGCUUUAGAUACUUUAUUUAAAAAUACUGCAUUAAAUACACUAAUAGAACAAUUACCAAUAGAUAAAGAGACUAAAUUAAUUCCAAUAAACAAGUUAGUUAGUGAAACAGCAUUAUAUUGGAAAUGUUUAGUAAAGCAUCUUCACAGAAGAAAUGAAUCUUGUACAGAAGAAUUGGAAAGAAUUUUACCUGAAUUGUCAACAUUUUGCACAUAUAUCACUGAUUUUCUUAUAACAAUAUCUACAAAACAAUAUGAAACGUGGGAGAAUCAUAUGCAGAAAUUUAUUUUAUUACAGUUAUUUGAAAUAGCAAUAACGUACGAUUUAUCUGAUGAACUUGGAAGAAGAAACCUGAAAGAAUUGAUAUGUAAUACUUUGAUGAGUAAUCACUGGACUGAAAAAAUUAUCGAGUGCAUAGUGUCUCACUUACAAAAAGUUAUACCUGAUGUAAAUACCAGAUUGGACACAUUAGCUAACAUAAUUAGUGAAAUUAGAUUACCUUUAAAAGAAACCAUAAUAACACAAAUUUCAGAGGAGCAACAGGAUGAGAUUAACAUUAAAAGAGCAAAACUUAAGGUAAAGUUGUUGGAAAUGAAAGAAGACGAAUAUCAGGCUAUACAAGAUAAACAAUAUUUAAAAGCAGACAGUUUAAAAAAUGAAAUAAACUUAUUGAAUGAGGAAAUAAUAAAAUUAUCAAAACAACCUCAAAUAUCACAAAUAACUAAUGAAGAGAUAAAGGAAAAGAAUGAUUCUGAAACAAUGAUAAAAUGCUUGAGCAUAAUCUGUACAAUGAUGCAAUCUGUACAUACUUUAACACCAACACUUCGAAGUCUUAUGCAAAUAGCACUUGAUAGUUUAGAUCACCCAGAUGAUAAAGUACACAUAUUGGCAAUAAAAGCAGUUAGUAUUUGUUGUAUAUUAGACAAGGAACUGGCUAAACAACAUAUUAUGAUGAUGUUUUUACAAUUUUCUUUGGAACAAGAAAAUAUAGAUAUUUGGAUUGUUGCUUUAAAAGGUAUUUUCGAUCUCCUACUGUUAUAUGGCCUUGAAUGUUUUGACAUCUUAGGAAAUUCAGAGGAAAAUACUACAAAUAGAACUGAAAAAUCUCGUACUAAAUUAUUUACCGAAACUAAUAGUGAAGUUUCUUUAACGUCAAUACACCAAUCAGAAGCAGGACAAAGCAAUUGUAAUUUUAUUAAAAUUUUAGCAGGAUUAUUAGACAAUGCAAAUCAAGGAUUAAGGACAAUUGCUACUGAAGGUCUUUGCAAAUUAUUACUUAAUCGACGAAUUAGUAGCACAAGUUUAUUAUCAAGGCUAAUAAUCUUAUGUUACAAUCCUGUAAACGAUAAUGACUACUAUCUUCGGCAAUGUUUAACUGGUUUUUUUGACAAUUUUGUCGUACUCGUACCCGAUGCUCAGACACAAUUAGAGGAGGCAUAUUUGCCGACCUUACAAACUUUGUGUAAUGCACCAGAGAUUAGUCCUUUACAAGAAAUCGAUCCUUACGAAGUAUCCACUUUCAUAUUAAAUUUAACUAGACUUGGAAUUCGACAAUCUGGUGCAGAAAAUUACUGCGUGCACAAUAGUCUUGUGUUUACUAUAUUGGCAGAAAUAUUAAAUCCAGUAAGCAAUAUUGAUCAAGAAACUCUUGUUAAAUCUUUAAAAAAUUUGAAUGUAGAAUUCGAUGAUAUUACCUCUAAAGAAAAUUUACUUGAAGCUGUUAACAGAGUAACAGAAAUAAUAGAUUCUGAUAAAAAAUUACUAAAAUAUAUUGAAAUUUUUAAGAAAAAAUUAGAUACUAAAUUAGAUAAUGUGACUGAUGUGCCAGAGGAUGAAGAUACCGAAGGUGAUGAAUAA